AUGGGAGGAAAAGUGGAUGCCUCAAUCAAUCAGACACGAGGGCCAAGAAUAUUCAGAUUAUUUGGACAAAAUUAUCAUCAAAUUGGUAGCUUACUACCUCCUGAAGGAUCUACUCCAAAAUUUGCACAGCUGUAUAUUUAUGAUACAGAAAAUGAAGUUUCAAAUAGAAUUAAUGCAGUCAGUCGUGGACAGGAUGCUAAUAAGCUUCAUGUUGAAAUUAUUACUGAUUUAAAACAAAUGCUUGAUGACAAUAAUGUGUUGGCCAAGACGUUUAGAAUGGUAAGAGAGAGAUUCCAAGAAAAUGACUGCUCCAAUGUGAAGUUGAAACUAAUAGGAAAAAGAGGUACUAAUGGUAGAAGAUACAAUCUACCAACAAUACCAGAAGUAGCUACUUUGGUGGUUGGAGGUGAUAUAGUACUAAAUGUUGAAUCAAGUGGUAUUGAAUCUCUGUUGUUACCAGGAGGACGGAUAGCUCAUUCGAGAUUUGCGAUUCCUCUGAAUAUAACUAAAGAUUCAACAUGCAACAUUAAGCAAGGAAGUCCAUUAGCUAAGUUGAUGGUUAAGGCAAAGUUUAUCAUUUGGGAUGAGGCACCAAUGAUGCAUAGGUACUCUUUUGAAGCUCUUGAUCAAACUUUAAGAGAUAUUCUAAGAUUUAAAGAUCCAUCAAAUUUAGAUCGGCCAUUUGGAGGAAAGACGAUUGUUUUUGGAGGGGAUUUUAGACAAAUGUUGCUGGUAAUUACUAAAGGCACUAGGCAAGAUAUUGUUAAUGCAACAGUAAAUUCUUUCUAUUUAUGGACGCACUGUGAUGGAAGGAUGGGAUUUUCCAUGGAUAGCACUGAGAAAGUAAAAAUAUCCGAAGAUCUUCUCAUAGAUAAUUGUGAUGAUCCAAUAUCUGGAAUUGUAGAAAGUACAUAUUUCAAUUAUUUGGAACAUUCUAUUGAUAUGAAAUACCUUCAAGAAAGAGCAAUUCUUGCACCUACUCUUCAAAUGGUGGAAUCGGUGAAUGAUUACAUAGUUUGUCUCAAUAGUGGACAGGAGAAGUCAUAUUUAAGUUCUGAUAUAGUUUGCAUGUAUGAUCAUUCAUUUACAUCUUUAGGACAUAUGCAUACACCUGAAUUCCUAAAUAGUAUUAAAUGCUCAGGUAUACCAAAUUACUCUAUCACUUUGAAGGUAGGUGUUCCUGUGAUGUUGUUAAGAAAUAUAGAUCAAUCAACAGGUUUGUGUAAUGGCACAAGAUUAAUCAUCACAAGACUUAAAAAUUGGGUAAUUGAAGCGAAAGUGUUAUCAAGAAAAGAAUUUGGCAAUAAGGUUUAUAUUUCGAGAAUGUCACUUACUCCAUCUGAUUCACGAAUUCCUUUGAAAUUCCAACAAAGGCAAUUUCCAAUGAUCGUAUUUUUUGCCAUGAUCAUCAAUAAAAUUCCAGGUCAAUCAUUGUGUAGUAUGGGAUUAUUUUUGAAGAAGCCUGUGUUUACUGACGGACAAUUAUAUGUUGCUCUUUCUUGA